CAAUGUCAAUAAUUGUCAAAUGAUAGUGAAUUAAGCUGCUGCCUGCCGCGCAUAAUUCUAAAAUUAUAAUUAUAAACUUGUUGAUGUGUUUUAAUUCAUUAGGUGACAGAAAUAAAAUACUUAUACAAUGGCUGUCCACAAUAACAAAACUUUAAAGUUAAUAGCUACCAAGCUGGGACUUGGUGAAGAAGAAAAAGUAUUAAACAAAGCUGCAGAAUUUGAGCGUUUGUUACAAACCAAAUCCAUUGCUGGCAGCAACAUGACAGACACCAGUAAAACUGUCAUAUGUUUGGACUUAGCUGCUGGUAUAUAUGGUGCUGAUUUGGAUAGUAAAACAGCAAUCAAAUACUCUGGUUUGAGAGGCCCAACAUACAUGAACUGUAGGAAGAUAGUUGAGAACCUUCUAGAACUGAGUUCUGAUAGACUGACAGUGUCAUUCCUUUGUGCAUCAUUACAAUGCACCGGAGUGCAGUCAUUGGCUGAGAAGAUCCUUGAAGAGUACCAAAGACAAAAAAUUGAAAUUGAUUUAAGCUUACCUCAAUAUGUCUGCAUGGCGGUGUAUCAAGCUUGCAGAUUGAACAAGGUGAAGGUAACGAAAAGUAAACUAAUAGAAAAGUCUAGACUCAAACCAGGGCAAUGGACUAAAUUAGAUGCUGACUGGACAAAGAUUGUAGAUGAAAAAUUUUCUACACUGAAAAAGAGAGGCCGGCCACCAAAGGAUAAAGAAAAUGUUUAUACUGAAGCUGAAAAGAUGGAAGUAGAUGUGUUUAGCCCUAAUAAAGAGAAACUAGAACCCGAAGUAGAACCAUAUGACGAUUGGAAGAAACGCAUGCUAGCAAGUGCUUAUGAACAAUUAAGAGCAUUAGAAGAAAGCCGUAAAAAUGAAGAUGAAUAUAGAAGUAGAGAGAAACAAACGAAAGACCAAAGAGAAAACAAAAUGAAAAUGAAAGAGUUUACAUCUCCAAGGCGUUCACCUCGUAAGACGCCUCAAAAGUUUUCGCCGUACAAGAGUCCUUCAACAAAACCUAUUACUGCUAUAAGGCUUCUUUUUCCGCGCGAAUUAUAGCAACAUAAAAUAAUAGAAAAUAGUUAUUUUUAUAUGCCGAACUAAACAAGCUGCUGACAACGAUACAUAAAUGACAUUUUUAAGUUCUUGCAUUUAAAUAUGUAUUUUGAGUAUGUAUGAGUAUAAUGACAUUUAAAUAAAUGGUUUAUAAUUAAA